GAAUACUACAGUGCUUAAAUUGACCAGUCUACAGUACUAUUAUUAUCUAUGCUAUGCAUUCCACCAUUUUCAAUAGUCAACAACUACCACCUUCAAAAUUUCCACCAUAACGUAAACAUACUAUUCAAACUAUCCUUUCAUUUCAUUUCCUCUGUUUUUCCUGCCAAUGAAGCACAAAAAAACUCUCCAAAUCAUUAUUUUCCAUUUUCUUUAAUGAAGAAACCACCGUCCACCUCCGUCUUCACCGCCGUCACAACCACCAUCGUCAUCAUCAUCUUCUAUCUUUCAUCUUCUUCCAAUGCUUUAGGCUCUGGUACAACCCUCUCCGUCACAGACUCCCCUGCCACUGUCUGUGGCAUCACAUCAGGCCAUUCAAAACAGAGCAUUCAGUGUUACCGUCAAGGCAAAAUUUUCCACAUUCUCCCUAACGUUUCAUUUUCGUUAAUCUCCGGUGGAAGAAGCUACUUCUGUGGUCUCAGGUCUGGUAACUAUAGUUUACAUUGUUGGGAUACUUCAUCUUCGUUUCAAAGUAAGAGACUUUACGUUAAUGUUAAUGAUUCUGUUUUAUUGGAGAAUCUCUCUGUUGGAGAUUCUCAAGUUUGUGCUACGGUGGUCGGAACUGGAACAGUUCGUUGUUGGAGAACUGAUGAGGGUUUUGAGUCAUCUGGGUCGGACCGAUUCGGUUCGAUUUCAUCUGGGUCGAAUUUUUCUUGUGGGAUUUUGAAAAAUGGUUCAAAAGUUCGAUGUUGGGGUGAGAAAGUUAUUGCAGAACGGUUACAGAAUGAGUUUAGUAACAUUUCUAUGUUGAGUAUUGUAGCUGGUGGUUCACAUGUUUGUGGUUUGAAUUCAACUGGUUUUUUGGUUUGUAAAGGAAGUAAUAGUUCUGGACAAAUUGAUGUUCCACAAGGUGGUGCUUUUGAGUAUGGUGAAUUAGCACUUGGUGAUGAACAUGGUUGUGCAAUUAGGAGAAAGAAUAGUUCUGUUGUUUGUUGGGGUGGAAAAGGGAAAUUUUUGGUGAAUUUUAUUGAAAGGGUUUCUUUUGAGUUGAUUGUUUCUGCUUCCAAUUUUACUUGUGGAUUGACAACAACUAAUUUUACUGUUAUUUGUUGGGGACCUGGUUGGUCUAAUGGAUCAAAUGUUUCUGAAUCUGAUGUUCCGUUGUCUCGGAUUCUUCCGGGGCCUUGUGUUCAAUCUUCUUGUAGUGAGUGUGGUAUAUAUCCUGAUUCUCAAUCAUUGUGUUCUAGCACAAGUCAUUAUAUUUGUAACCCAAAUAUAUGUAACACUCAAAUAACAAGUCCGCCACUGCAGCCGCCGUCAGUUCAACCACCUCCACCACCACCGGUGUCUCGUUCUCGAUCGAAGACAUUGACAAGGGGAUUAUUGAUUUUUGCAAUUGUUGGAUCAGUGGGAGGUUUUAUUGGUAUAUGUUCAAUAAUCUAUUGCUUAUGGACAGGUGUUUGUUUUGGUAAAAAGAAAGUGCACAGUUCUGUGCAACCAACAGUUACAAGAGGUAGUAGCAGCGGUUCAAAUACUAGUUCGUCUUCGAUUAAUUCGAUUAAAUCGGUGAUUAUGCGUCAAGGUUCGAGAAUAAUGAGGCGGCAGAGGAGUGGACCUUCGUCAACUAAGCAUCAAGAAAGGGCGGAGGAGUUUUCUCUAUCUGAGCUUAUAGCAGCUACAAACCAUUUCUCACUACAGCACAAAAUUGGUGCCGGAAGCUUUGGUAUUGUGUAUAGAGGAAAAUUAUUCGACGGUCGCGAGGUAGCAAUCAAGAGAGGUGAAACAGGUUUGAAGGUUAAAAAGUUUCAAGAGAAAGAGAGUGCAUUUGAGUCUGAAUUAGCUUUUUUGUCGCGUUUACAUCACAAACACUUGGUUAGACUAGUUGGUUAUUGUGAGGACAAAGAUGAGAGGCUUUUGGUGUAUGAGUACAUGAAAAAUGGUUCAUUGCAUAGUCAUUUGCAUGAUAAGAACAAUGUGGAAAAAAGUAGCAGUUUGUUGAAUUCAUGGAAUAUGAGAAUCAAAAUUGCUUUGGAUGCUUCAAGAGGAAUAGAGUAUCUGCAUAAUUAUGCAGUUCCUUCAAUAAUUCAUAGAGAUAUUAAGUCUUCAAAUAUUCUUCUUGAUGCAACUUGGACAGCAAGAGUAUCUGAUUUUGGAUUAUCAUUGAUGAGUCCAGAAUCUGAUAUCAAUUACAAACCAACAAAAACAGCAGGAACAGUUGGUUAUAUCGAUCCCGAGUACUAUGGUUUAAAUGUGUUAACAGCAAAGAGUGAUGUAUAUGGACUUGGAGUUGUAUUACUCGAAUUAUUAACAGGAAAAAGAGCUAUAUUUCGAAAUGAUGAAGAUGGAGGAAAUCCAUCAAGUCUAGUAGAUUUUGCAGUGCCUGCUAUUUUAGCUGGUGAAUUGAUGAAAAUUUUGGACUCAAGAGUUGGACUGCCGGAGGCGGAGAGUAAUGAAUCGGAGGCAGUCGAGUUAAUGGCAUAUACUGCUGUGCAUUGUGUGAAUUUGGAAGGGAAAGAUAGACCAACUAUGGCUGAUAUUGUUGCCAAUUUGGAGAGGGCAUUGCUUAUUUGUGAGGGUGGUAGUAACCAUGAGAUCGAAAGCAUUUCGAGUGUUACUAUCUCUGUUGUUUCAGAUUGAUAUGUUCCAACUUUCUAAGGGUGAAAAACAAAAUGUUGGAAAUUUUGUUUUAUUAUUUUUCUUAGAUUCUUUCUGAUAAAUAUGAUUUACUAUUGGCAUGUAAAGAUUAAUUUAGGAGUAUCAUCUAACAUUAAGAUGUAGAAUUUUGUUAACUGCUAACAUCUAACCAGAAAAAAGGGAUUGUUUAGUUUAAGCUAUUUUGGCAAUUCAUUUUUUCAAUGUAUUUACUAUUUACACUCAAUGUAUGAUAGAUUAAACCAUCAUUAUGUUGUAUUUUAAAGAUA